CGCUCUCUCGCAAUAUUUAGUCGCGGUAUCGGCGCACACUCUUAAAAGCGCAGUAAAAUUCUCUAUGAACAGUUCUUUUUACUUGCAACGCGCAACCAUAAGACAAUGAGAUAUGGUUGGAAGCAUGACCCCGUCCUUGGUCGCCAUUUUCCUGCUCGGCUUUUCGUCCCUGGCCACCGCCGCCAACUUCAAUCAAGUCUACCAGUGGAAUGAAUUGGAUUUCGAGUGGCCGUCGGAGGAAAGCAGGGCGCAGGCCUUGAAAAAUGAAACUUUCAAACUAGAGAAUAUCUAUCCUCGUUACAUGGCGGUCUACGGAACAAGGAUCUUCCUCAGCACGUAUCAUUCAUAUGCCAAUCCGGUGUCUCUGGUGUCUUUGCCGAUGAGCAGCGCGUUCUCUGCGUCCCCAAAGCUCACUCCAGUCCCUUCGUGGGACAUGCAUGGAAAGGAAGGAGACUGCGACAAAAUUGAAAGGGCAAAAGGGAUUGACGUGGACUCGGUCGGAAGGUUGUGGCUGCUGGACAUGGGUUGCCUCAAAUGCAAUAUUAUCAAACUGUGGACCAUCGACUUGGCCAACAAUGAUCAAACCAAACUCGUUCACCAGUUUCCUUUUCACUCUUUGAUGCACGACUUGGUGGUCGACGAAACGGCCAACGAAACCUUCGUCUACAUCUCGCGUGGAGGUCUUUUUUAUGAAGAACAAAUCGUCGUGUUCAGUUUGGAAAGAAAUGAAUCUUGGAUUGUGCAAACGCCAGGAAUCAAGGUUUUCUGCAUUGCCCUGUCCCCUUUGAAGAAUCAGGAACCGAGACAGCUCUACCUUGGAGAGUGGAGCUCGAGUUAUUUGCAUUCAAUUAAUUCCGUCGCCGUUCUCCGCGAAGGAACUGGAACUGCAAAUACGGAAAAAAUCGGAACAUUGACUGCCCAUCCAUACAGAAUUCUGGUGGAAAACAACGGGAACAUGUUAGCCGCCUUUUUCAGCGUAAACUACAUAUCCUCUUGGAACACUUCACAGUCGUUUGCGGAAAAGCGGUUUCAUGAGGUCGAUGUUCUGAAUUCUGGUAAAUCGUUUACCUUUGCCUUGGACCAAAAUGGAACCCUUUGGAUGACGGUGUUUGAUGCAGUAAGAGAACCAAAAUACAGGCUUUUGAAGGCUGCGGUCGGUGAACAAUCCUUGCAGGCCACGCCCACGCCAGAAUUGCAUGUUGCAACUGCUGCAAGUGGAGGUGUCCAGAGCAGAAUACUGAUGAACUCGAGCCUGUUCUUCGUUUUCCUCUUGGCUCUUUUUUAGUUUUACACUGUCAGUCCAAUUGGUGCAUUAAAUUUUGUGAUUUGCUGAAAAA